AUGAAGUCUAGAGCCCUCGACCUUUCUAUGCAUCUUUUGUGGUACCUUGAAUGGAAAUCCGACAAGUGUGAACUCGAAGUUAGCAAGCCGGCUAUUGCCGCGGCAGUCGCGCAGGCGGCGCUGCGCUGUGCGGCUGUGGCUCACUGGCGCUUCUUGUGGCUGGUGGGAGGCGUGGGUGGCGUCGGUGCCCAGCGCAGCCCACUCGGCUGGGCCAUGGGCAGCUCUCAGAGACUAGCGGCCGUAGCAGCCGUUUCCCAUUCGAGGCAUUAUUAUAAUCACACGCAAUCCGGGGUCGCGCAAACAGAAGCGCCACACUAUACAGUCAAUAUAUUUUUCGUUUUGAACUUUGAUGAACAAAUGAAACUUGAUCAGGUUCAGAGAGCCAAUAAUCGGAACCUUAGAUUAAUUUAUUUCUUCAUCAUUCUAGACUGUCUAAUGGUCGGCGUCAUAAAAGUUAGAUCCGAUUUGGGAGCACAAGUCAGAGGCAGUGCAACGCUGUGUGGUGUAUUGGUGGCGGUUUGUGCGGCUUGCUGGCGACGCUCGCCGGCUACCGAUAAGCCAGAGGAGGCACCAGACUGCCGCGGCGUCUACACCGUCAGUGCCGACGCGACUCUUGUACAGGCGACGGCGUACGGUAUGGAUUUUGCGCCAAUGAGAUAUAAGCGCAUUGCGCAAGCGAAUUAG